GAGGGAGGAGGAGGGGGGUUGUUCCAGAGAAAGAAGUUGAAUGGAUCCGAGGGUCGCCUGGAUUCAACCCGAACAGAAAGGACCUGCCAACGCCUUAUGGAUGCACGUCUGGGAGACCUCUCAGAGAGUUGGGACUCGGAUCCACAGCCUGCAGCCGGCGGCGCUGGAGCUUUUAAAAAAUGUGGCAUCGAGCAGGAGCCAUCACGGUAUCAUGAACGGCUCCGCUAGCAUCAACGGCACCGCUGCGGUCUGCUCGCCGCCGGGGGUUACUUUGUCCAACGGUAACCUCCGAAACGCUCCUCCGGCCGCGGCCGAGCCAGGUGAGGAGGAAGAGGAGGAGGGCAGAACCCUGCCCCCCAAAACCGGAUCGGGGUCUUCGCACCAAUCCGGAACGGACAGCCCCCCUCCCGGCGCCUCGCUAAACAGCACGUCGGGUGGAAGCGGAACAUGCAGCAUGAAUAAAAACGUCGGCGGUGCCAAUCUGCUCUUCAGCCUGAGCGACAGCGUGGACAACCUUUACCACCAUCAUUACCGACAGCUUCAGCCGGCGGCGUUCAACCUGCUACAGACUUGCGCCAAGAGGCAUCAUCAGGUUGAGGCUCCUGUAGCUGUAAGCCACCCUCACAGCCAUCACCCGGGCCGGAGGAAAAUUGACAACAAGGCGAGCACUUACGGCAUCAACUACGUCCUCUCAAAUUGCACUAAUGGCAACUACGUGAACGUUUUGACACCGUGGAAGACCAGGAACUACAACCCGGGAGUCCUCGGACUGCAUGAGGAAUUGAUGGACUUCUACAACUACAUGUGUCCUCGGCCGGAGGAAGCUGCUAUGAGAAAGGAGGUGGUGAACAGGAUACAGAUGAUCAUCAAGGAAUUGUGGCCAACUGCAGAUGUCCAGAUAUUUGGCAGCUUCAGCACAGGAUUGUACCUUCCAACAAGUGACAUUGACCUGGUGGUGUUUGGAAAGUGGGAGCGUCCCCCUUUGCAAGAACUAGAACAAGCGCUUCGUAAACAUAACGUAGCCGAACCUUUCUCCAUCAAAGUGCUCGACAAGGCCACAGUGCCAAUCAUCAAACUCACAGAUCAGGAGACUGAGGUGAAGGUGGACAUCAGUUUUAAUGUGGAGACUGGAGUCAAAGCAGCAAGUUUUAUUAAAGACUAUGUUAAGAAGUAUCCGGUACUGCCUUACCUGAUCUUUGUACUGAAGCAGUUUCUGCUGCAAAGAGACCUAAAUGAAGUCUUUACUGGGGGAAUCAGCUCUUACAGCCUCAUUCUUAUGGUCAUCAGCUUCCUACAGCUCCAUCCUCGCAUUGAUGCCAGGAACCCUCAUGAGAACUUGGGCAGCUUGCUCAUCGAGUUCUUUGAGCUGUACGGCCGCCAUUUUAACUACUUGAAAACAGGAAUCCGCAUCAAAAAUGGAGGCGCGUACAUAGCCAAAGAGGAGAUGAUGAAGGCCAUGAUGAACGGAUACAGGCCAUCCAUGCUGUGCAUAGAGGACCCUCUUCUUCCAGGAAAUGAUGUCGGCAGGGGUUCCUAUGGUGCCAUGCAGGUCAAGCAUGUGUUUGACUACGCCUACACCGUUUUGAGUCAUGCCGUUUCACCGCUCGCGCGAUCAUAUCCCAACAGAGACUCUGAAAGCACCCUAGGCAGGAUAAUCAGGUUGACCCAGGAAGUGAUUGACUACAGGGAAUGGAUCAUCAAGAAGUGGGGCGGCAGGGAUCUGCCACAAACGGAUGGCAGAGUUUCACCUGCCAAGGAGUCGGUGAAUGAGCAGACGUUCCGCUGUGUCAUAGAUGUUACUGUCGGAGUGGACGAACAGCAGAGGGACUCGGUGUCGCCUCCCAGCGCCGACUCCCCCAUGUCCAUCUCCAGCCCUCAGCAGCACUCUUCAGCCUCGUCUGUGUCUUCUCUCUCUGGAUCAGACAAUGACUCUGAUUCGACGUUGCCUUGCCCUCCUCUUCCUCCACCCGCAGCCCUCCCACCAUAUCCACCUAUUCAGCACCUGGGCCUCGCUUUACCACCAGCCCUCAGCAUGGGCACGGGCAAGCCUGCUUUGGGAACACAUCCUCUCCUCGUGCCCACAGGUUCACAGGCUCGUGUCUCACUGCCUGGCGGUCUAACAGUGCACUCCAUACCUGCCAGACACAUGUGUAUAGACACUGGAAUCUCACCGUUCUUCCACAUGCCUCCCCCUGCUCAUGCUCACACUCCCGCCCCUACAAGCACCCAGCCUCUGCCCAGCCACGCACACAAGAAUGGAGCCAAGUUCAACGUGAAGGUCUUCCACAACCCGGCGUUGGUGAACAAUCCCGUCCUGAUGAACCGAGGGCACACACACUCGCACACACAGUACCACCGAAACACGUGGCGACGCAGAAAAAGAGACAGCCUCCCAGUCAACCUCAGCAGAUAGAAACCACUCCUUAACCUUUUCUUCUUCUCCCGCUCGUGCUGAAAACCCGAGCUCUGGGUUUGUCACACGGGGCGGUGCGGGAUCGGAUGGACAGACAGGUGGAGGACCAGCGACUAACCACAACAACAGCCCUCAACUCUGGGUCUUCCUCUUGCUCUCUUUUCUUCUGUUUUUACAUGACGGUUUUAUCAACGUUUCCUCCUGUUUUGCAGUAUUACUUUUCAGUACACGCCGAAAAUUUUAUUGUGCUCGUCCUUACGGUCCAGCCUUGUGUGUUUGUUUGUUUUUUGGAGGGGGUUUUAUGUGUUGUCUUGACCCCCCCCCCCAAAAAAAAAAAACACACACCUCCAUUGUUCCACUUAACAAAGAACAGUUUUCCGUUUUGUGCAAUAUAUUUUUUGUAAGUAAAUGCUAAUUUAAUUUUGUGUUGAUAUUUAAAAGCUUUUUAUACAGUUACUUUAUUUUUGUACAUUUUUAUAAUUCUGUUUACAAAACGUUGUCCCAGGCAGCAUUUCUUACGUGUGUGUGUGUCUCAUCAGAUUGAGGUGGAACACCCCGCAAACUCGUGUACAGACGAGGUGUACUAAUAUGCCCUCUGGGACAUCAUCCCACCACCUCAAGAGGUAGUUUCGUUUCUGUGAAAGUGAGCCUGAAACGGCCUGGAGCAUCAGCUUUGCCACCACAUUUGUGUGUGUGUGUGUGUGUGUGUGUGUGUGUGUGUGUGUGUGUGUGUGUGUGUGUGUGUGUGUGUGUGUGUGUGUGUGUGUGUGUGUGUGUGUGUGUGUGUGUGUGUGUGUGUGUGUGUGUGAGAGAGAGAGAGAGACUGUGCUGUUGCCAUAUUUUGUCAGUCAGGAGAGGCUGUCUCGGCCUUCUGUCUCUCUCCUUCCCCAGAUGGGAGGCAGUUUGGUUUUUAAUUUAUUAUUUUUUUCUUUUUCGGAGUGCUUCCAACAGUGCCGGACUUCAGUGUGAGAGAAAUGCCGAUCAUUUUCGGUUCUUUUAUUCCACGUAGGAGGAUCGAGGCUCCAAAAGGCAACAGCUAAUAUGACUUGAAUUUGAACAUUGCAGUUUGGAUGCGAGAGCAGAAAGCUGCUGAUCCCAGAUCAGAGGGAUGUGUUUGUGUAAAUCUGGUCCCAGCGCUAAGGUCCAGCCCCCCCCCCCCCCCCCCCCCCUUCAGAGCUGCAAACAGCAGCGAUAAGGUUUUCUCUUUCGUGGUCCUGGUCAAAGUAGAAAGACGGAAAAGGUGGAGUCUUCCUGCACCAAGGACCCUAGUGAAAGGGGAUUCUAUUUUGAUUCCGUUAAGGAAUCUUGUGUACAUUUGAUUGCCAGGUACUUCCACUAAUUGUUUGAAAUGCCUUCCUUUGUGGUUACUCUUGUGUGUGCGUGUGUGUGUAUGUGUGUGUGCGCUGACACUUGCGCUCUCAGACAGGACGGUCAAAGUGUGCGACUUGCACAGAAUGUUACACGCACACACUGGUGUUCUUACUAUGCAAGUGGCUCAUUCAAAUGAUUGUGUCAACUCUUGUCUUUAUGUCGAGUUGUUUUUUUUGGGGGGGGGGGGGGGGUUUGUCAUCCGGGAAUCAACACUGUUUGGUAGACUGGAGUCGCGCUAGCUGACUGUCAGACUCACAAGCGCCCCCACUGGUGAGUUCUGCCCCUUGCCUGACCCCCCUUCAGCUCACUUUAUGAAGGUUUUGAUUUGUUGCCUAGACGUGGGGAUGCUGAUGUCAGUGGGUGGGCGGGGCUCCGUCCAGUAGGUGCCUGUGAGAUACAGGACAAAGUACUGCGACUUGCCACUGCAAGUUUUUAAGAAAAUGGGCAACAGCUCAUGAGCGGGUGCCCCCAGAGAGAGCGACUUGCACUCUGGGGACCAAAGUGUCCAUUGAUGUGUUUUUGUUUGUUUUUUGUUUUUUAACCGAGGCUGUUCACUACUGUAACUGUAACACUAUCUCUUUUUGGAGUCACGUUACCCCACUGUAAGACACGCAGGUUCCCUCAGUGGGGAAAUCCCCCCCCCCAUACUCAUUUUAUGAAGGUUAUGAUGUGUUGCGUAGAUAAGGGGGUGUCGGUCUCAGUGGGUGGGCGGGGCUCUGUGUGUUUUGGUGACAGUGAGACUUGAGAAAAACUACUGUGACUUUUUUAAUGAAACGGCUGACAGUUCAUGAGCAGGUGACCCCAGAGAGCGACUUGCACUCUGUAGGUGCACUUUGGAAGUGGCCAUUGUGUCGACCGGAGAUUUUCUUUUUUUUUCUUCUUCGUCGUCGUCUUUUUUUUUUUUUUUUUGUUACCCAAGACUGUGUUCACUACUGUUACACUAUGUAUCAUUUUGUGUUCUGUUGUAAUCUUUUUUUUGUAACCAUGGCAACUCUGACAUGUCAGUCAAAAGUGCACCUUCCAUCAGUUGAGUCUGCGAUAGUAGUUUUUCUAUUUUAGCUCAGUGGCUAAAGAGGCAGAGCAGGUAAUGAGCUGAUCAUCACGGCCAGCAGACAAAUUCACAUUUUAUGAUCUGAACCAGCCCCCGCCAAUGAAGGAAAAAAAACCCCACCCUGCUGUGGAUGAUGAUUUUCAUCUGUAGAGAGGUGAUCCCAGCAGCAUAUGAAAUACUCAUUCACAUGUAUUAUUAGUAAUUCUUUUAUAAAUUGGAGAAUAAGCCCGUGACCUGGCCGGCUCUCACAUGCUGUCAGGCUAAAGAUUCGAACCAGCGCUGAUCAGAGGAAACUGAUGACGGGGUGGGGGGGUGAUGUUGACUGUCGGAGUUGCCUGCAUCCACACAGCAAAGACGUGUCCGGUCCGUACGGAUCCAAACGUCUGUAUGUCUCAGCAAUCCAGUGUCACAUUCUGCGGCACUCUGUCUUCAUGUGUCCCAUUUGUCCGUCUCACAGCAAUGGACGCUGGUCUUGUGAUUGUGAUCUUAUCCACUUCUGUGAUUUUCCCCCCACACACACAUCCAGAUGAGGGCUAAAUGUCUUGGACUACUGAGAUUUUGGUGUAUAAAUGUACGUGUCGAUGCUGUGUGACCCUCCUCCCUUAAAGUCCACUGAGGGGGUUUUAAAGGUGACCCCCUGCAUCCUGGCUGAGUCAUGUAGGCAGUGGACCUCUUAGGACGAGUCGCCAACAGGUGGUGCAGAGAACCACUUAGUUUUUUUUCCUCCUGUGUGACAUUUUUAUGUAAAUAUAUUUUUUUUCUAUUUUAUUUUUUAAAUAAACAUUUUAA